AUGACUUAUAAAUGCACAAGCAAACAGACUUCUGAAAAAGAGCGUUUUCGCUACCCAAACUCAAAGCCAAACUCAAUACCCAAAGCCAAACUUCAAAGCCAAACUCACCAAACCCAAACGGUUUGGGAAAGUAGUGCCGCUGCGACCCCUGCUAAUCUAAACAGAAGAACAACCCAAUCACACAGCGCAUCAGCUUGUCGACGGCAAAAUGCAACAAUUCCUUGUCCACCUGAUUUUCCAAAUGAUGAUUAUCAUGUGGAUGUUGACAAUUUAAAAGUAAAUUUUAUGGAGAAACUGACACUUCCCAACAUCGCAGAUGGUGAUCAUAAAGAAUUUACACAUGAUUCACGUGACGGUAAACAUUCAGAUUCAUUUUAUGACAUAUAUCCAGAAAUCGAGGUAGAUGGCAAAGCAUUUGUUGCAGAACAAUAUUCACAAAAAUCAGGUGAACUUAAAGCGAUAGAUCUGGUCCGAUUUGUUAACGAAAAAUAUUGUGAAUUAAAUGGUAUUGACGAACAAGUUAAUGGUGGUUACAUAAGAUCGGAAAGAAGUUGCCAAUUAGAUCUUCGUAGAUGGGGAGCGAAGUUUGAAGCAAAUGCACAACGCCCGUACUUUGAGGGACAUGAAAGAGACGAUGUUGUAAAACAUCGUAAUGAUUUUAUAAAUUAUUUGUUGGAGCACAAGGAUUUUUAUCAUACCAUUACUGAUGGCGAAGCACCUGCAUGGAAUCUUCCAGUUAAAAGUCCUCAAAGGAUAAUAAUAUGUAAGUAA